AUGACAAAUUCAAGAAAACUUGAUUCACAACAAAAGUACACAACUUCGAGUAACAAUAUGAAUUCAAAGGUUAACAAGAAUCUGGAUACUAUACCCGAUAAUUUGAAAUUGAAUGGAUUGACUCCUAGUGGCAAUAAAAGAACUUUCCUAUGUUUUGUGUGCCAAAAAGCCUUUGCAAGACAGGAGCACCUGGAUAGACAUCUUAGAUCACACACAAACGAAAAACCAUUUAAGUGUGCGGUUUGCGAUAAAGAUUUUACUAGAAGAGACCUUUUGAUAAGACAUUCUAAUAAAUUACACAGCGAUACUGCAAUAGUCCAGAGAAAAUCUUGUAAUGCUAGGAAAAAGCUAUACAGAAGAGCAUCGUUUAGUGCACAAUCCGGCGAUAGUUAUGCCUGUAAGAAGAAAAGCAGCUCAAAAGAUAAUGAGAUUAAACUUACUUUUACACCACCAUGUUUGCAAUCCGUACAUUCAAGCAAUGUACAAACCUACACAGAGUUUGACACUGACUAUUUUGAUUCAAAGCAUCUGGACGACCAAUUUUUAAUGGAAAUAGACGCCUCAAAUACUAAACAUGAUUCCCAAAUACCCAUUGAAUUCACUUUAAAUGAUCAAUUUUUUUCACAAGACCUCGGUAUCGACGAUUUUGAACUACCUUUCAUAAGAUCCUCUGAUACAAAUUUUAUGGAUAAUACUACUUAUUCUGACGCCCCAAUGACGAGAUAUUCUUCUACUUUAACUGAAUCAGUAAAUAUUGAAUUUGAUAAAUUUACAGGAGUAAAUUUCGAGACCUUCUCACCUAAUGAAAUUUCAAGUAAUCAACUAGGCAAUAAUAAUUAUAAUAAUACCAAUAAUAAUUUUGGCAGCGGUAAUGACGAAGAUACUCCUAUCAAUCAAUUUGAUAACCUUUCACCAAUGGAAGAUGUCAAUAUUGAGAACGAAUACCUACAAUGUCUAGAUUCAAAUUUUUUUGGUCCAAAAUCUCAAACUUUCUCAGAAUUAUUCUUUCGACAGAACACCAUUAGGUCACCUACUGUUAAAAUUACAGACCAAAGUGAUAGGUGUAUUUUUAAUGAGAAAAUUAUAAAAUAUUGUCAAAUCAUUAUCGAUAAGAUCAGCAGUCGAAGCACUGAUAAGUUGAUUCUGCCAUCAAGUGAAGAACUUAAUGGAUAUUUAAAGCUUUUUAAUCAGAAGUUCUUAGAAAUUUUCAAAUUUAUUCCCACAAAUUUUAUAAAGUUCGAUUUCAAAAGUUACUUGGAUUAUAUUUUUGAAGAUGAAACUUCAGAUCAUGUUGAUAUGAUCGAUGAAAACAAUUUUUUAGAAAUCACAAAAAUCUGUUGCUUACCAUUAUUAAUGGCUACAUUUGGUUCUCUCAUCAAAUUAAAAGAUGAUAAAAGGAACCUAUUGAUGUUGUACGAAAUUAGCCAGCACUCCUUACUAUUAUAUCUCGAAAACAAGAAAAGAAUCGUAAAAGAAACUAAACAGCAUAACAGUGAGCAUUGCAACGAUACUUGGUUAAUCCAAUCAUUAAUUUUAAAUAUUUCAUUCCCUCAUUUUGCCAAUGAAUUAGACAAAUUUGAUUCCAAUUUGCUGAUAAGACAGGUCUCCGCAUUAUCGAAAAUGUUCAAGAACAGUGUUAUAAAACAAAUAAUCAAUUUAAACCUAGACAAAAAGGAAAAGUUUUUAGAGAAAUCAACAGAAUUAGAGAAGAUAUUAUUACUGUCGAAAAUAAAAUGCGUUGAAUUCUUAAAUCUUUUCUGUAAGUUAUUAAAUGAUCAUUACGGUAUUACAAGCGAACAGUUUUUAUGUGAUCAGGAUUUACCAUCACUACCAGAACUGAUCUCAAAAUUCGAGUCACAUUGGAAUGAACGUCAAUCAUUAUAA